ACUUUUUAAAUGAUAAGUGUUGUUUUAUCAGCUUUUUUGCGUUUUAAGUUAGUAUAAAAUUCCGUUCACAAAUCGUUUUGAAUCACUUUUAUGAGUGUAGUAAAUGCAUUGCUUUCUCGUGAACUGUAUGAAACAUGAGAAAUCUGUAGUAAUAUUUAUUACUAAGAAAAAUCUAUAAAGAAUUUCCGUUGUGCACCAAAAAUAUGUGUCAUAUCUGUGUAUCAAACGACAGGAAGUCAUAACUGUAACCCAGAAUAAAUAAUUGACUGUAAUCAAGAAAUCUGAGUCACCACUCUCUAUGCAAAUAUAUCGUGAAGUGUUAUCGUGUCGUAAGGUGUAAAACCACUCGAUCUUGAGGUCCGUUCGCGAGUUUAUAAAACUACUCGCGCACAUGCAACGUUUCUCACUCUAUCGUUAACGAUCAUUCACGCCGGUCGAUAAUUUGAAACGCGAAAAAUAAAAAUGGCGAAAGAAGACCUUCUAAAAGGUGUUCUGUAUGUUAUGAACAUAAUAUACGCGGUGUUCGGAUUAGUGACAGCGGCUACAGGAAUCUGGUUUUUCGUGCAACUUUCCGAAUUCGUUGCAUUGAGAAACAGUAACCACUAUUUACUGGAUUAUAGGGUUUACUGGCCUCAAGUUGCACCAUGGCUGUUUAUCCUUCUCGGAUUAUUUGUGAUCAUGGUAUCUUUCUGUGGAUGGUGCGGUGCUAACAAAGAAAGCAGAGGACUCUUGGGGAUGUACGGACUUUUCAUGAUUCUAAUUGUCAUUGGACAACUGCUUGCGGCAACUUUGAUCUUCGUUUUCGUCGAUGGAGAAGACACUGAUAAAUUCAUAAAGGACACAGUUUAUGAUGGAUACUACAAUUCUCAAUCCAACCCGGAUGUCUUCAAAGCUUUUGGGAAAAUUGAAAGGAAACUAAGAUGCUGUGGUGCUAAUGACGCUCGAGAUUACAGAAGCUGGAGAAAUGAUCUUCCCUUGACCUGUUGUUUGGAUAGUUAUUACAGAGCAACCUGUGACUUUACUGACAAGGAAGCCAAUGAAAGAUUAGGAUGUGCUAAAGUGGCAGCAGUUUACACCAAGAUUAUCAGUUCUUCUGUUGCUGGUGCUUCGUUACUUAUAUCUCUAGUUGAGAUAACUGGUGUUAUUAUAGCUUGGAAACUCUUCAAUUCUUUGAGAGAAGUGGAACAUUAUAUAACGGAGAGAAAAGAGGGUGAAACUGAGUGUUAAAUAAAGGUGACGAUAAAGGUAAAAGAUAAACAGAUUUUAUUUGAUGGGUUUAACAUAAACUGCCAUAGUUUUCGUAUUUAGCGCGUUCCCAUCUUAGAUUGCCUCGUUAUCGGCGAGGUUGCAGUCGAAAUUGUCGUUGAAUAAAAAAAUUUGGUUGUUUAAAUCAUGUUGGAUGCAUACUCGUAUGUGUGGUGUUUUGCAAUAGUUUAGUAUAGUACUAUUGAACAAUCGAUUGUAUGCUCGACUCAACGGUUGAACGGUUUAUAUUCGACUCAUUGAAUCUAUUGUAAGUUGAAUUGCCUAGCGUGCGAACUCUCCCAUUUCCUAAUAUUUUUUUGGAACUACUCUGUGGUUAUUUCAUACCAUAAGUCAAGUCUAAAGUUCAUUAUAAAAUUGUUUUCCAUUAAGUAAGGAAUUCCAAUUAUAAUACUUGUUAUUAAAUGACGUCAUUAUCGAUUCAAUAUGGCCGACAACAAGCGCCGUUUAACAUAGCAUUGCGUAAUUGCACACGCAAUUAUUAAUAGAUAAUAAUUGCUAAACAACAAUAAUAUUAAUAAUAGUUAAAUUCUCCAUCUUUUAUUUUUUUCUGGGGAGAGGUUCUUUUUGAUUAAUUUUGAGUCAGCUUACAAUUAAUUUGGUGCUUUAUUUUCGUUACCUUUAGCCAAAUUUUACCACCGAUUUUCGUACGUUAAAACGCCUACACGUGAGCAUUAAAGAAUCGAUUUUAAGUUUAAAGCAAUAAGAGUUAUAUUGCCUUAAUGAGUAGGUUAUACCGAUUUUCCCGCCACGACACGAAGUCGAAGCCUGAACAAUUUUCAUAGUCCUUAGAAAGUUUUUUACUUUAUCAUGGCAUAGCAUUUUGUAUUUCGAGAAUAAAAUUCGUUUCCUUUUAAGAAGGAAGUUUGGAAAAUUUUAUUCUCUUUUAUAAUUAAGUUUAGUUUCAGAACAUUCCAAAAUAUUCCAUUUUUCUAUAAAACUAAUUAACGCGUUACCAUUCGUGUCAUUUUAUUAUUAUUUUAUUUUAUGCGUGUAUAUUUUGCUGUUUUAAUAAUAAUUAUAUUUUAAUUAAGUGGUAUAUUAUCUCAAAUACUUUAUUUACAAUUUACAUUUAAGUUUUGAUGAAUCUUAUUUUUCAUGUUUUAGCUAUUAA